UCAUGUAACCAUAUCGGCAGAUGGUGAGGAGAGAGAGAGAGAAAAGGCAGGGGCCGAGAAGGAAGAGCCGCUCCAGAGGCGGAUGUACAGGGUGUAGCGUGAGGUGUCGGUGAAUCUGGCUUGCUGGGAGGCAGCGCAGCGCAAGACAAAAGCCAGCAGGGCAGUAUUUCCAGAGGUCGCCAACGCGGGGUACGUGGCAGGCUUGGUCCCCGUUUGAUCUGUGAAGGUAUCGCGGUGAAGAGCCAUGUCAGCCAAGGCCAUUUCCGAGCAGACGGGGAAGGAGUUCCUGUACAAGUACAUCUGCACCUCGGCGGCCGUGCAGAACCGCUUCAAAUAUGCCAACGUGACAGCUGAGACCGACUGGGGCAGACUGGCCCAGGACCACCCAUGGCUGUUGACUGAGCGCCUGGUGGUGAAGCCGGACCAGCUGAUCAAGCGCCGGGGGAAGCUGGGCCUCGUGGGCGUCAACCUGGACCUGCAGGGGGUGAAGGAGUGGCUGAAACCGCGGCUCAACGUGGAAACCACUAUUGCAAAGGCUAAAGGCGUCCUCAAGAACUUUCUCAUCGAACCCUUCGUGGCUCACAAGCAGGCGGAGGAGUUCUACGUGUGCAUCUACGCCACGCGGGAAGGCGAUUACGUGCUGUUCCACCACGAGGGGGGCGUGGACGUGGGCGAUGUGGACGCCAAGGCGCAGAAGCACCUGGUGGGUGUGGGCGCCAAGCUGACCGAGGAGGCCGUGAAGACGCACCUGCUGGAGCACGUGCCAGCCGCCAAGAAGGAUGUGCUGGCCAGUUUCGUGAUGGGGCUGUUCAACCUGUAUGAAGAUCUGUACUUCACCUAUCUGGAGAUCAACCCCCUGGUGGUGACCAAAGACGGCGUGUACGUGCUGGACAUGGCAGCCAAGAUCGACGCCACGGCCGACUACCUCUGCAAGGCCAAGUGGGGGGACGUGGAGUUCCCCCCCCCCUUCGGGAGGGAGGCCUACCCCGAGGUGAGCAGACUGAGCCGCGACACCAUCUGCGACCUGGGAGGUGUUAACGAGCUGGCUAAUUACGGCGAGUAUUCGGGGGCCCCCAGCGAGCAGCAGACCUACGACUACGCCAAGACCAUUCUGUCCCUGAUGACCCGGGAGAAGCACAAUGAAGGGAAGGUCCUGAUCAUUGGAGGCAGCAUCGCCAACUUCACCAACGUGGCGGCAACGUUCAAGGGCAUCGUGAGGGCCAUCAAGGACUACCAGGUCCCCCUGAAGGAGCACGAGGUCACCAUCUUUGUCCGACGGGGCGGUCCCAACUACCAGGAAGGCCUGAGGGUCAUGGGGGAAGUGGGACAUCAUCAGUGGUUCGCAGUUGACCUCGGCAAUGAGAUUCGCCAACCUUCAAGCAUCUGCGUAGCUGGCGCGUGUGUGAAAGUCUGCCAGCGCAGCCUCUGCUCGUGUGCUUUGACAGUUGAGCGUUUUGGGGUUUUUUGGUGGUUCUGGUGGUUGGGUGGGGAAAAAGAGCCUGGGCGUGCUCUGUCUAUCUGGACAACGCAGACGGGGUCCUGUGUCUGUGUGCGAGCGAGUCCAUCCUUGCCCAUUUCCUCUUCUGCCCCCCCGCUCCCUGCAGCCAAAGCCAGCACCCUGUUCACCAAGCACACCAAGGCCAUCGUGUGGGGCAUGCAGACCAGGGCAGUGCAGGGGAUGCUGGACUUCGACUACAUCUGCUCCCGGGAGGAGCCUUCGGUGGCGGCCCUGGUCUACCCCUUCACGGGGGACCACAAGCAGAAGUUCUACUGGGGCCACAAAGAGAUCCUGAUCCCGGUGUACAAGAACAUGAGCGACGCCAUGCGGAAGCACCCGGAGGUGGACGUGCUGAUCAGCUUCGCUUCCCUGCGCUCCGCCUUCGACAGCACCAUGGAGACUAUGCAGUACCCCCAGAUUCACACCAUCGCCAUCAUCGCAGAGGGCAUCCCGGAGGCGCAGACCCGGAAGCUCAUCAAGACGGCGGACGAGAAGGGCGUCACGAUCAUCGGCCCGGCGACGGUCGGCGGGAUCAAGCCGGGCUGCUUCAAGAUCGGAAACACGGGCGGCAUGCUGGACAACAUCCUGGCCUCGAAGCUGUACCGGCCGGGCAGCGUGGCGUACGUGUCCCGCUCGGGGGGCAUGUCCAACGAGCUCAACAACAUCAUCUCCCGCGGCACCGACGGCGUGUUCGAGGGCGUGGCCAUCGGGGGGGACAGGUACCCAGGAUCCACCUUCAUGGACCAUGUGCUGAGGUACCAGGACACCCCGGGAGUCAAGAUGAUCGUGGUGCUUGGGGAGAUCGGUGGCACGGAGGAGUAUAAGAUCUGCCAGGGCAUUAAGGAGGGCAGGAUAACCAAGCCGGUGGUGUGCUGGUGCAUCGGAACCUGUGCCACCAUGUUCUCCUCUGAGGUCCAGUUUGGCCAUGCCGGCGCCUGUGCCAACCAGGCGUCUGAGACCGCCGUCGCCAAGAACCAGGCUUUGAAGGAGGCGGGCGCCAUCGUGCCCAAGAGCUUCGACGAACUGGGAGACGCCAUCAAGUCAGUGUAUGAUGACCUGGUUGCCAAGGGCGUCAUUGUUCCUGCCCAGGAGGUGCCCCCACCCACAGUGCCAAUGGACUAUUCCUGGGCACGGGAGUUGGGCCUGAUCCGCAAGCCGGCCUCCUUCAUGACGAGCAUCUGUGACGAGAGGGGCCAGGAGCUCAUCUACGCCGGCAUGCCCAUCACCGAGGUCUUCAAGGAGGAGAUGGGCAUCGGUGGGGUGCUGGGGCUGCUGUGGUUCCAGAGGAGGCUGCCGCGCUACGCCUGCCAGUUCAUCGAGAUGUGCCUGAUGGUGACGGCGGACCAUGGCCCCGCGGUGUCCGGCGCCCACAACACCAUCGUCUGCGCCCGAGCUGGGAAGGACCUCAUCUCCAGCCUCACCUCCGGCCUGCUGACCAUCGGCGACCGGUUUGGAGGGGCGCUGGACGCAGCAGCGAAGCAGUUCAGCAAAGCCUUCGACAGCAGCCUGCUGCCCAUGGAGUUCGUCAACAAGAUGAAGAAGGAAGGGAAGCUCAUCAUGGGGAUCGGCCACAGGGUCAAGUCGAUCAACAACCCGGACAUGAGGGUGCAGAUCUUGAAGGACUUCGUCAAGCAGCACUUCCCUGCCACCCACCUGCUGGACUACGCCCUGGACGUGGAGAAGAUCACCACCUCUAAGAAACCCAACCUCAUCCUGAAUGUAGACGGUUUCAUUGGGGUUGCCUUCGUGGAUCUGCUGAGGACUUGUGAUGGCUUCACACGGGAGGAGGCUGACGAGUACGUGGAGAUCGGAGCUCUGAACGGGAUCUUCGUCUUGGGCAGGAGCAUGGGCUUCAUCGGGCACUACCUGGACCAGAAGAGGCUGAAGCAGGGCUUGUACCGUCACCCAUGGGAUGAUAUCUCCUAUGUGCUGCCGGAGCACAUGACCAUGUAAUCGAGACAGCUCAGGAGCGCCACCUUGUGUGUGUGUGAGGGGGGUUCAGAGAUCAGAUCCUCUGAGCUGUUGUCUGUCAGAGUUGCAGCAGGAGGGAUGGGAGUAGGUUUUGGUGGCGGGGGGGUAGGGUAUCUUUCAGAUUCUUCACAAACCGUGAGUGAUCCGUGACCAGUUUUGAACUGAAAAUCUCUCAAAUGAAUGAAUACAAAAUACCAUCAUCCUCAACAAGCAAUGCAAUUUCUUACUGUGCAAUCACACUUUCUGGUUUAAAUGGGAAAUAUGUAAAGAACUAAACAGGUAAGAAAGCUGCCAGUGUUGCUGGUCGCAGUCUGCUGUUCAUUAGAGUAGGAAAUGUGAAAUUGUGAUCUAGCCUUGCUGUCUUUAGCACUGUGUCACUUCAGUGGAGAUCAACAGAAUCUCGUGCUUACCUCGAUGCAUUUUGCUUUGUUUUUCUCUCCUCCACUGCAGAUACUACUUCUAGUUGCAUAGCAAGGAAUGCUUGUGUUUCUAAAUGUUGAGGUUUCAGGUUAGUUAUCGCAAAAAAUUGCUCCCAGUUUGUAUAGGCCAGGGGUCAGCAGCUCGGUUCUUGAAGGCCCCCAAUCCAGUUGGUCCUGUAGGUCACCUACUUAAAACAUUGGCAGCACCUUAAAUGUAUUAAUAACUUAACCUAGUUAACUGUUCAAAUAAGAAAACUCUGGUCCUUGAGGGCUGGAGUGUAUUGAGGUUUUACUUCUAAGUGAUCUCUGAAUUUCUCAAUUUAGCAGAUCACCUCACCUUUUUAAUCGAUCACAAACGAAUUGUUGUGUGUCUGCAGAACCUGGUGAAUUCAUGGGGACCUACGAGCCUGGCUGGAUGGUUAGGGGUGGAGACUCCUGGCUUAGGCAGUAGUUUUAUAUAGGCAAGCAUAAAAAAAAAAUCAGAUCAUACGAUCGUUAUCUAGCAAAUGAAUGUCAAAUCCUGAUCUGCCGUGUCAUCUGCUAGCCUUGCAUAAGGCGUGGGAGAGGAAUGGUUUGUGUGAGAGAGUGCAUGUUCCUGUGGCUUCAUGGUGCAUGGAGAUCUAGUCACUCGGGUUCGAGGGCAGUGCAUCCUGCAAUGAUCUUAGGAGGAUCAACAAAAAGGUUUGUUUUUGUUUUCCCGAGCCUGUUGAGUGAAGAAUGAAGGGCACCUGGGGCUCAAUUGAGCUGAAGCAAAUAGUCUUAGCAUAAGGGACCAUAACUAACUAGCUAUCCGUGUUUCUUGUGGCUUAACAUAGGCUAGCUUGAGGCCCGCUUACUUAACUGUGUGAGAUCUGUACCAAGUGUUCCCUUCUGUACCCAGCCACAUCGACAAAAUCAAAACUGUUCAUUGUAUCUGUCAAAACCCAUCCCUCAGUUGUAUCAUUUUAACCUAUUUUUACCUUGUUUUACAUUAUUUUAUUUGGUGUGAAAUGUGCUUCUGUAUUGUUGUUGUUGUUAUUAUUAUUAAUAUAACCCAUGUAAUAUUGUAGUGAAAAUAAACACGUCUUCUUAGUUAA